AUGGCGAAGGCACAAAUUAUAGCCGGGCCAAAUAAAAAAGGGGCAUUGCCUGGGAAAUUGAAAAGGACUGGAGCAAGGCGACGCUGUGAAGCCACCUGUAGAUCGGAAGCGGGGCGCGAUGUUGGGAACGAGAGUGGAAUAGCUAGACGCUCGAAGCGGCCGAAGCUCACCAGAUCUAACCUACGACUACAUGACAAGCUAACCAGGCUCUUUGAAAGAUCUUCCAAAUUCAUCAUCUCACCCUCCCAGCCGGGAACGGCGCUGGAUGAAGGGUCCUUCUCAUCCAAGCACACCGUGCUGACAACGACGUCCGGGUUUGACAUGAUUGCCGCCGAUAAUGGCAUCCAAUCCAUUGCGGACUCGAGCCGGCCAACCAACUAUGCCGAUCUGAAGGAGAUGCUCGACCAGCCACGCCGGUCUGAGUCCCCCAACGAGUCGGACUACGAGUUUUAUGUGGAGAAACUGGGCCAGAUGCGCACCGAGCAGGACGUGGUAGUGGAAUCAAGCAUCCACCUUUUCAAGGAUCACAGGCAGCGUGACUACGCACGACACUACAACACGACCUUCACGGGCCUACCAAAGGACUGUGGAUUUAAUCGAGGGUUACUGGCCCCGCAACCUGACUAUGUUGAGAGCCUAGUCCCCGAGGCCUAUCGACCGUUUCCCAUCGCACGAGAGCUCGGUGGGGCUGCCGUCCUAAUCCAGCGGGACCGGCAGUCGGUCACGCUACCGCACUUUAUCGGGGAGUGGAAGUGUCCGGCGGGCAGCAUGCCGCAGGCCAAGUCCCAGGCGGCCUACGACGGGGCCACGUGCGUGCACGGGCGCAAUCAUGCUCUGGAGUAUAUGGGUAAGCGAGACCCAGAGGGCCACGCCGCGGUGACGAGCUUCGUGUGCAACGGUGAACAACUAAGCAUCUUUGCCCACCAUGCGCUACCAUCGCUUAACAACCAAGGCAAGGUCGAGUAUCAUCAAUCCAUGUUAUCUAACACCCCACUUAACGGGUCCCUCGAGUCGUACAAGCAAGGGCGUAAACAACUGAGAAACGCCCAGGACUACGGCAAGCAACAAUCAGCUGAGAUGAGGGACCGGCUCAAAAGCCACUGGGCCGCUCGAACCGCUCAACGGGCUCUGGCAAGUCAGAAAUCGGGUAGGACGACCACCGCCGCUCCGAAAGCAGACAGCAUGGAGAGUUGGGGAGAAGUCGGCCGCGGCCGGACCAAGACGCCCAAAGCAGCAUUUUCCGCCAUCCAUCCUACUCAUACUCAACCCCCAGGAAACGCCGGCAGGCUGACCGUGGUCAUGGGCGAGCAAUAUGGUAUAAACUCAUUCGUGGGAGACUACUAUAGCGAUGAGGGAUGCGGGAGGUUUAGCCAGCAGGAUGUGCAUGGCUUAACAAGUACAGUGGCAAUUUUGAUCACCGGCGCGGAGGAUUGCAAGACGAAGGCCAAGACUGGCUCCCGUACCAACUUGGCCCAGGUCCAGACCGAUGCCGCGAUGACUGUUAACAUGAUGAUGGCGAACUCAUCGUCACCGGUGUUCUUAGGUUCGGGGACUGUCCGGAGGACCAAGUCUUUGCCCGAUGGCGUGGGAACGCAGGAGGCGCCUCACCUUCCACAGGGGCAGUUGCCCUCAAUGCAAAAUGAGUCGCCGAGGAAUACGCAGUUGGUGGCUUCUUCGAUGGAUGGCGAAGCUUGGAAUGCUAGCGCAACAGGGUAUAGUGCAGUUCGGGAGGACGACGAGAAUGACGAAGCAUGCCCUCGCACCAGACCGCAGGACCCUAACCACGAACGCGAUUGGCAAAAGGGUGACUAUGGCGGCGUAUGCAAGGAGCGAGGCGAAGCCGCGGGAUUGCCCACAAACAUACCGCCAACGUUCUCAGGCCGCUAA